AUGCUUCUACUUUUGGACCACAGUUUCGUUAUUCUUAUAGAACAAAAUUAUGAACUAAAUACUGUGGCUGCAACUGUUACAACAGCAACUACGACACCUGCGACGGUGACUGCCGCUGCCACAACUACGCCUACCUUACCUGUUACUACUGUUCAAACGGUUCAAACACCUACACCACGUCAAACUACAGAUAAUACCAAAGAAAAGUGCCGUAAAUUUUUAGCAAACUUAUUAGAGUUGUCUAGUCGAGAACCUAAAGCGGUGGAGAGAAAUGUUCGAACUUUGAUACAAGAACUAAUUGAUACUAAAGUUGAACCCGAGGAGUUCUGUGAUAGACUUGAAAGAUUAUUGAAUGCAUCACCUCAACCAUGCCUGAUUGGAUUUCUCAAGAAAAGUUUGCCACUUUUACGGCAAUCCCUCGUGACCAAAGAACUGGUCAUAGAGGGGAUAAAACCUCCUCCAGCUAAUGUUGUCUUUCCUAUAACAUCUGCUACUCCCGUAGUACCACAGCAGAAUCAGCUUAGACCAACUGUUGCUGUGGCAGCUGCAACAGUUCCCGUAACUGCUGUUAGUGCGACUACCCAAGUUAGAGUAAUGACUCCAUUACCUACAGCUACAACUACAAUUCCCCGACCCGCUCAGCCAGUUCAACAAAGGCUGAUACGACCUGUUACAACAGUAGUUCGUAGUCCUACUACAGCGUACACCGUGAAGUCAACGGUCGCUGUGACUGGAAUCAGACCAACAGUUCCCACAAUUCAAAAACCACCUAUUAUAACGACUGUUGUUAAAACAAUUACAGCUACAACGCAAGGCAAGACAGUUAACACAGCCACUACUGUUAAUAAAGCCGUUGUGCCUUCUUUCGUUCCAAAGCCAGUUACUAAAGAGAAAGAGAAAAAAACAUUUUCAUCCGCCGGAUACACGGGAGAUGAUGAUAUCAACGAUGUCGCGGCUAUGGGUGGUGUUAAUCUUGCCGAGGAAUCGCAAAGGAUUCUCGGCUCGACAGAAUUCGUUGGCACACAGAUCAGAUCCUGUAAAGACGAAGUGUUCUUACAUAUGACACCGUUACAACAGAAGAUUAAACAAAUUGUUUCUACGUAUGGAUUAGAAGAACCAAAUCAGGAAGUUGCAGCGUUAAUAUCUCACGCCGCGCAAGAAAGAUUAAAAAAUUUAGUAGAGAAGUUAGCAGUGAUCGCCGAGCACAGGAUAGAUUUGAUAAAGGUGGAUCCGCGUUACGAAGUGACACAGGAUGUUCGGGCACAGUUAAAAUUUCUAGAAGACUUGGAUAAAGUGGAACGUAGGAGACACGAGGAACAAGAAAGAGAGUUACUCUUACGCGCGGCGAAGAGUCGCGCGAAAACUGAGGAUCCAGAACAGGCGAAACUCAAGGCGAAGGCUAAGGAGAUGCAACGAGCUGAAAUGGAAGAGCUGAGGCAAAGAGAAGCGAACUUGACGGCGUUGCAGGCGAUCGGACCACGUAAAAAGCCUAAACUAGAUGUGGGAGGGUCUGUCAGUAGUCCAGGUAGUAACUCCGGUUUGAACGCGUCGACGACCGGGAUCAACAGACAAAUGCCGAUGAGACCACGUUUGAAGAGGGUGAACUUUAGGGACUUGUUGUUCCUUCUCGAGCAGGAGAAAGAAACGUGUAGGAGCACGACGCUGUAUAAGUCAUACUUGAAGUGAUGUUCUGUGAAGGGCAGGAACUUAUGUGACCCGCCCGAUAACUGGCGCCCUACCUGUAUGGUCUUCUGUGAGCUGGCCUCAAUGGACCUUAACGAGUCGAGUGACGUUAGUGCACGUUGCAUUAUUGUACAGUGUUUCAUAAGUUGCAUACAAUGAGGUUCACAUUAACGAAUCACGUCGGGAUUCCACAUAACAUUCAGAAUAACAUUAUUUCUACCAUGUCGAUAAGCUUCCCUACUGUAAAUGACUGAACAUUUUUUAAAUGUAAUAUAAUAGAUUGUUCUUUAUUUUUCAAAGGCGGAAACGGCAUCAUUGAAACGGGCAUUGUGUAUGAGCACAUGGCCCGAUGAUCAGUCUUGGG